AUGGGCGUAAUCUCAGAUCGUCGGUCAGCCUCUUGGGCUGGCAUUCCACUCCGCACCCUUUCCCUCAUCACGUUGACAUUCCAGAAUUCAGCGCUCAUAUUGGUAAUGCACUACUCGCGCAUCAUGCCGUUGACGACUCCGCAUCGAUAUUUCACGAGCACCGCAGUCUUCAUGAAUGAAGUGCUGAAGCUUUCGAUAUCUCUCACCAUGGCACUAUACGACAUAUCCUCGGCCCUUCCAUCGUCCACGCCGGCGACAACACUAUUCCAAGCGCUUUCAUCCGCCGUGUUUGCUGGCGACAGCUGGAAGAUGGCUAUACCCGCAAUGCUUUACACGCUUCAAAACACCCUGCAAUAUGUGGCGGUCAGCAAUUUAGAUGCCGCCACUUUUCAAGUCACAUACCAAAUGAAGAUCCUUACGACUGCCAUAUUCAGCGUAACACUGCUGGGGCGGACCUUAACGUUGCGUAAGUGGGUCAGCCUCGUCCUGCUCAUGGCGGGCGUCGCCAUCGUGCAGAUGCCCUCUGGGAACGAUCCUACGAGCAUGGACAGCUUGAGGCUGGAGAGCAGCCGUCUCUUCUGGCCGCGCAGCAUCGAAGAGCUGCGGGAUCUCGGCAGCGAGACUGCUAAACAGCUCAUGAAACGCACGACGCAUCACAUGGUCAAGAGAUCUGCAACCUACGAGGGCAUUGAGGAGGAUGUGGCGCUUCAGCACCCGCAGCUCAAUUCUUCCAUUGGACUGAUUGCUGUGGUGGUUGCUUGCGUGCUCUCGGGCUUGGCGGGCGUUUACUUUGAGAAGAUCCUCAAAGAGUCGCACACGCCGGCUAGUCUAUGGGUCCGCAACGUCCAGCUAUCAUUCUAUUCUCUCUUUCCAGCGCUUUUCCUGGGUGUCAUGUUCAUUGACGGAGAAGAAAUAGCCAAGUACGGCUUCUUCGUCGGCUACAAUUGGGUCGUCUGGGCAGCUAUUGGGUUGCAGGCCCUCGGAGGCGUCGUAGUCGCCAUGGUUGUGUCGUAUGCCGACAACAUCGCAAAGAACUUCGCCACUAGCAUCAGCAUUCUGUUGUCUUGUCUCGCGAGUGUAUGGUUUUUCGAAUUUACCAUCUCAAGACAGUAUGUUAUCGGCACCGCCAUUGUGCUCUUCUCGACAUAUCUGUACACGAGCAAUGACCGGGCUCGUCCACCACCAAUCAAGAUCGCGAGCUUCGAGAAGACGAUUGUAGAUAGAGAGAACGGCUUCUUCGAUAUGACGCCAGGAACAGGCGGCGGCAACCUGCUCAAGACGCCGCGCGUAGACCAGGGUCUGUCGAGCAGCAGGCCCACCACUCCCACCAUGGAGAGGCAAGGAUUCAAAGGAUUUGAUAAGCGCAACGAAUAA